AUGCCUCAACCUGAUAUCGGCAGUUUGGGCGUAUGCUACAGACGAGUACCGGUUCUCGCUAUCGGCAGGGAUAUUUACUUGGAUAGCCGCCUACAAAUAGCCAAACUGGAGUUGCUAUACUCGGACAUCCCGCCCCUGGGUGCCAAUGACCCUAGCGGCCGAGCAGUGCAGGCAAUUCUAUCCAGAUAUAUCAAUGAUGGGGGAGUGUUUGCAGCCGCGGUGCAUCUGUUGCCAUCUACUACCCCAGGGCUACUAAAUGUAGAUGUACUGCGUGACAGGUUCCAUUUAUUGGGGUUUGAUAUACGGGAGUCGAUUGUACGGAAUCGACCCAACGCAUUGAUCCAGUUGGAGGCGACCUUUGAUUUCAUCGAAUCAACAUUGCUAUCCAAUGAUAGGAAAUGGAUUUUGGAAACCGAAACACCUGGACUAGCCGACCUGGAAGCUAUUUGGCCUAUUGCUUGGAUAAUAGGCAUUCGGGGAGCUCUACCAUCUGAAAAGUUCUCUCCAGCCAUCUUUCCAAACGUGUAUAGUUGGGUGGCACGGUUUAACAAGGCAGUAGCUGAGGCGCGCAACCGCAUAGGCGAGCCGGAGGAGAUCUCUGGCUCUGAAGCAGCAGCUCUGAUCCGAAAGUCAACAUUCUUCGAAGGCGAGGAUGUCAUUAAGCAGGACCUCCGUGUCAGCGAGGAAGUAAUUCAUAAGGGGGAUAUGAUGACGAUUGGGCCAUCUGAUUACGGUAGGACGCACAGAGAAAACGGGCCGCUGCUGAGCAUGAACAGUUUGGAGGUGGUGAUUGAGGCAGUUGAACAGAAUCCCCCGUUGAGAAUACAUGCUCCAAGACACGGUUUCGUUGUUCAGAGAAAGGAAGCUCAGGAAUUAGCAAAGCUAUAG